UGUUUUGAUUGAGCCCCCCGGCGCCCGCCGUUCAGGCGGCAAGCUUCCUCCAGAAUGAAUGCCGCGAAUGCCCCUGCGACCGUGAGGAUAUCUGGCCCACCGAACAGCAGCUUCCUGGUGGGCUACCCAGGCAUCUCGGCGACGCUGCCUCGAAUCGUAGGCAAAGUCGAGAUCCGUCCAGGCGCGGGGUUCUCGGCGCCCGUGAACAUUUCUAUGGUGCGCAUCUGUUUGCAACGGCGAGAAACGAUCCAUCCGGCCGCCGAAAAUGUUGCGAAACGGCACCUCGGCACUCCGCGCCGAGAGACGACCGAUCUGGUGGGGAAGGAGGUGUUGCUGUUCCGAUGCGUGUCGGGGAAGGAGGCUGAGAGCGUGAUUGCGAUGGACCUGCCGUUCCAGAUCUUCAUCCCCUUCGGGCGCAGCGGAGAAGAGACGAACCGCCGAAUCCCCCCCGCGAGCCUGCAGCUGCCCAGCCGAAUUGCCGAGACGUAUUACGAGCUUGUGGUCACCGUUCAGCAGGGAUCCAGCAUGCAGAACCGAUACUCGUUCCCCAUCCCCCUGCAGCGCUACGACACGCUCUCGACCUUCGGCAUGUAUAACCGGCCAGAGACCAGAGUGGCGACGGCGGACCAUAUCGUGACCUUGGGCGUAUCGCUUCCGAAAUGGAGUUACGGGCCCCUGGAUCCCAUCACCGUCUACGUCAAGCUCUCCCCAAACCCGGAUUAUAUGAACAAGGCGAAGAGGGUGACAAUACAGAAGCUCACCCUUACCAUUGAAGAAGAGAUUACCUUCAAUCCGGAAGGCGACGAACCAACAAAGAAGGUCAACAAGAUCGCCAAACACACGCAAACAGUAGGGACAAAGAUGCCCGAGACCGGAUAUAUCACAAACCUCGGCCUAGUGCUGCCCGCUAGGGACCUCAGGGAUCCGGACGGCAUAAUCAAACGGGGGAAGCCGGCGUUUCCCAUGUACGAGGUCACGAGCUUCACAACGACGUCGACGCUUUACAAAGUCGAGUUCUUCCUCAGCAUCAAGGCCCACAUGACUUCAGCUCGUGAUAUCACAUUACGCCAGCCGAUCGUGGUAUGCCCGUUGGAUCAGCAAGCCUGCAAGGAGGAGAUGGACGCGAUCGAGCAAGCGGCAAAGGAUGCCUCGCAUGUCGACCCGAACAACCCUGUACUUCCGGACCGGACUAUCGUCCUGGCUAGCGAAAAGGAGGCGAUCCGGCAUCUCGGGCUGUGCGAGGUUGGCGGCGUCAAGAAGAUGCUGAUCGAGUGAUGUAUUGGGGAUCGUCAACUGAUGCUGGGAAUACGGAGCGGCCGAGGCGCCGAACGCAGGGAUUCGGCGCCCUUUGUGGGUGAGAUUUAUCCCCCAGGCUGAAGCUUGUCCGCCAACGCCCAUCCCCAUGCCGAGGACGCGCCACGACCGCGAUGCGGGACAGGCUGGCGGGAACUCUGAGAGCUAGCGAUGCGGCACGGCUUGCUCGCGGGCUCACCCAGGUGCGCAGGCACCUGAGGAGCCAUGAGACGAGCGAACGGCGGCGAACCGUCCCCUCUCACCUCAGGCCUACGGCAUCGUGUUGGAUAGCGAUGCCGUGUGAGCCUCAAAGGGAGACGAGAUUCGAGUCGAGACAGCGGAGCCGCGGGCGGAGAUGUGGACGGUUACGAACUGGGCGUUUGGGCGGGCACGCUGGAGGGGAGGUGAUGAACAAGCGAGGCGGUCUACGGCGCGGUUGGGGGAUGCUAAAUGUGGUGUCUGGGUUGGGGUGCUCCAGUCAUUUGCAGAUACCUAGCCUGGCGUUUGUGUGUACGGUGCUGUCAGGUUAGCUGAAAGGCAGCGUGGGAGUCUUGGAGCGGUGCUUGGCGGACUUUUCUUUUUGGAGGGUGGUUGUUGAUGCAGAAGUCGAGAUACAAACGUGCAAGUUGAUGCAUAUAUCCUCACAAGAACAUCCACACUUUAAUGUUCGAUGGUUUCUCUGU